AUGGUCACCCGAGAUAUUGAAAUGGUACCAAAUCCUAGAAACAGCAUGGCUGCCUCCCGGCAGACUCAUGAAAAGAACAUGUUCAAGCUUUUGCCCUCGAACCUGAGCGACAAGAAACCCUACCAGAUGGAUGGCCUAUCCAACAGUAUGCAGAAUGCCUCCAGCAUCGAGGACUUGAACCUCUCCAACAGUGAGUCUGCAGGGGAGUUGGACAAGGGCAAAAGACUGCAGCGAGAAGACAUGAGUGCCAACAGAAGCCCCCUGUGCACCACCUUUCCCGAUAAGUCAACCAACAUAAGCUCCAUCCUGGAACUGUUUUCCAAGUUAUUAUGCCUGGAUGGCCAGGAGUCACCUUCACCAACCAGCGUUGGUAUUGCAGCCCACAAGAGGUUACCAACCUGCAAGGGAAGCUUCUUUGGAUCUGAUGCACUGAAGAGUCUGGUCCUGCAAUUCCUGCAGCAGUACUACUUGAUCUAUGACUCUGGAGACCGUCAGGGUCUCCUCAGUGCUUACCACGAUGAGGCCUGCUUCUCCCUGACCAUUCCCUUCAACCCCAAGGAGCCAGCCCCAAGCAGCUUGUGCGAGUACCUCAAGGAAAGCAGGAACAUGAAGAAGGUCCAGGACCCCUACCUGCGUGUUCAGCUGCUGAAGCAUACAAAACAUGACAUUGUGCACUCCCUCUGUGUGCUGCCCCAAACUCAGCAUGACCUCAGCUCCUUUGUGGUGGACAUAUGGUUCCAGAUGGACUUGAUGCUCUGCUUCUCUGUCAAUGGAGUGUUCAAGGAAGUGGAAGGAAUGUCUCAGGAUUCUGUUCGUGCCUUCACCCGGACCUUCAUUGCUAACCCUGUCAACAAUUAUAGGUGA